AUGGUUUUUCAAAAAUUCAAGUUCAAGGAUUCCCAUCGGAAGCGCUUAUUUAUCAGUUAUGGAAAAGAUUGGUUGCUUGUGUUGAUCAUGGCUAUUAUUUUCUUUGCUAUUGAUUCCAUUCAACCAUUUCACCGAGAAUUCUCUAUCAAUGAUACAUCCAUCAUGCAUACCUAUACAGUAAAUGAAUCUGUACCCGUUUGGUUAUUGAUGUUUGUUGCAAUUAUUAUUCCUAUUAUUAUCAUUAUAAUCUAUGCUGGGUUCUUUCGUAGAAACUGGCUUGAUUUUCAUAGUGGUUUAUUAGGCCUCGCUUUAGCUUUAACGAUGACGAUCAUGAUGACAGACGUAAUUAAGAUCACAGUUGGACGACCUCGACCGGAUAUGUUAGAAAGGUGUAAACCACCUCCGGGAAUAGAAAACCCACCUUUACAUUUAUUAAAUUACACUAUAUGUACAGCAGAUCCUCGCUCCUAUGAUAUGAUUGAUGGUUUCAAAAGUUUUCCCAGUGGUCAUUCAUCAUUUUCUUUUGCUGGAUUAGGCUAUUUGGCUUUCUACCUUGCUGGAAAAAUGCAUGUUUUCGAUAGAGGAGGUCACACAUAUAAGAGUUUUGUCUGUUGUGUUCCGUUUCUAGGAGCAUUGUUGAUUGCAAUUUCCCGUGUGCGUGAUUACCGUCACCAUUGGUCCGAUGUAUUUGUGGGAGCGAUCUUUGGCACAGUAUUUGCUUAUUUCUCAUACCGACAGUAUUUUCCUGAUCUAGCCUUUGAGCAUUCACAUUUACCUUAUCCUCCUCGUAUUAAGCGACCUCAAGAUAUAUUCCCUGAAGACGGUGAUCAACCACCUGAUGAAGAACAGACGGUUGGUUCAGGUGAUCUACAUCAAUACGGCGAAUGUAAGUCAUAA